UUAACUUAUAAGCUUCGUUAAGCUUCUGGUUAUGAUGGUUGGGUUCUGCAUGCUGCAUGCCUCCUGCGUUUAUACAAGGCCCACACAUUUGCUGUUAAGUUCUUUAGCUAAAUGACAUGGUUUUCUCUUUCUCAGAUAGUGGAGAUGAUAGUUCACAUGGAUUGUGCCGGUUGCGAAAGCAAGAUAAAGAAAGCUCUCCGGAAACUUGAUGGAGUAAAUGAAGUUGAUAUAGACUUGACCAUGCAAAAAGUGACGGUAAUGGGAUGGGUAGAGCAAGAGAAAGUCUUAAAGACAGUGAGAAAGAUGGGGCGGAGAGCCGAUCAAUGGCCAUAUCCUCAAGACCCAGAAUACUACAACAUUAUGCGCCAGUAUAAUUACCAUCAUCAGCAUCAUGAUCUUCAUGACCAGAAUCAAUCACUGACCUAUUAUGUAUCUUUGCCUGACUCUUCCUACAAUGACUAUAUACAAGGCCAUAGUAGUACUACCGCUCAAUUAGGCUAUGGUUCUUACGAUGAUCAGCAUCAUCAUGAGUCGCUGUCCAGUUCUUACGAUGAUCAGCAGCCACCGUAUUCAACUAUGUAUCGUGAUCAGAAUGAUUGGCAGGCCACCGCCAUAUUCAAUGAUGAAAACCCUCAUGCUUGUUCUAUAAUGUGAUGCAUGCAUGGCAUAUAUUUUCAUGGGUUUUCAAUGCUUUUGAGGGAAUUAAGAAAGAGUAGGCCAAUGUUCAAUCCUGUCUUGCGUAUGUAAUUGGGAUGCAUGGGUUUUAUUGCUUGCAAUGUUUUAAUUACUUUUUUUCCUUUGGGAAUUGGUAGUACUUAAAAGUAAAUAGCAUGCAUGUAAAAAGAGUUCAAUGUAAAACAGUGAUGACUGGUGUACGUUCUUGCUC